AUGGAGAGAUCAGAUGAACAAGAGUUUGUAGAGAUUGUUGUUACUCUUGCAAAAGAAGAAGAAGACAAACAAAAAGAAAAUAAAGAUAAUAACAACAAGAAGUAUAAAUCAACAUCAAAACAACUAUUUAAAGAUUAUUCUAUAUCUAAACCAGAACAAGUAGUAUCAUGGUUACUCUAUUUAAUCGUAAAAGAUAAUAUUAAAGAUAAAGCAAUACAGUUACUUGAUAGAUUAUUGAUUAAAAAAGGGGAGCAAUUGAUUGAAACAUUAUCACAAUCAGUUGUAGAUGCUAUCAAAGUUGAAACAAUCAAGUUACUAAAGACAACAACUCUUACAGGUGAUAGUUACAGACAACAUUUGUUUAGUAUCAUUGAAUCAUUUGCAAAUUAUUUAUUACCAAGAGAUGGUUGGAAUGAAUUGAAACCAAUAUUGGAAAAUAUUGUAAAAGAACAAGAUAUAGAUGUAACAUUAAAAGAUAAUGCAGCUGGAUUACUCUUGGUGUUAUCAAAGUAUGACUUUAAAAAGUCUAAACAUCAGCUUAUCUCAAUGAUCGACUCUUAUAUUUUUGGUGGUAGUCUGACCGAGGAGAGGUAUGGUGUAUUAUUACCCAAGAUGUUAACAAUGCUUGCAAAACUGGAUGGACAAGAUGAUGGAGAUUUAAUAGAGAAAAUAGUAACGAACCUUCCAGCUAUCGAUACGAAUACUCCAAGUAUGAUCGAGAGAGUCUCACUGAUCAUUGACACUUUGAUUGAAAUGUUAGAGAGAAAUCAAAGUGGGAAUGGUUUCGCAUCUGAAAAGACAAAGAUAAUGGUAUUUGAUUAUGUGUUGGCAAUGGCUGUGAGGAAAGAUCCCUCUCCUACUCCUACCCUCUAUACAGAUAACCAGAUCGAGAGAAUCAUCUCUCUUUUGUUCUUCUGGCUAUCACAAAUCAAGGAUGUACCUUUGGAAGAAUGGACUGCCAAUAUGAUAAUUCGUUAUAACAGAGAUGAUUAUGAUGAUGAUAAUAUUAAUCCCGAAGAAGAGUACAACAAAGAAGAUCAACUAGUUGUAGCCAACUCAAAUUAUGUUGGAUUUUUGCGUGGUAUUGGCAAGCGUGGUUUAGAACCUGUUUUAAAACAAGUCAAAAUCUUUUCAAAAUCUCAACAAUGGGAACAAAGAUAUGCAGCUAUGAUGAAUAUACCAAAAUAUUUUGAAUUGGAUUUUUUUGAUGAAAAACUAUUUCCAAUUAUUUUAGAGUAUUAUAAAUUUGUACCAAUUCUAUUAUCAUCAUUGGAAAAACAUCAUGGAACAAAAGAUUCAGGAGUAUUGCAUAAAGACUGUAGAAUUAAUAUAUUUUCAAAAGAUUUAUUUAGGUUUAUGAUGUUUGCUAAAAAGAAUGGUAAAUCGAUUGAUUUGAUAAAGAAUGUUUUAAAAUCAACAAAUGUAUUUAUUGGAUUGGUUGGCAAGUCAUUUGCAAUUUAUUUACCAAUGAUCAUGGGUAAUAUUAUCAAUGUACUAGAGACACCAUUACCCAAUCCAUAUCAACAAAAACAACAACAAAAGAGAGUAUCAUCAACACUAAAGGUUUUAACUAAAAUCAUUAACGAAUUAAACGAUAAUGACUCCAUUUGCGAAAUAUUGGCACCAUUUGUACAAGGAUUGAUAGUUUCUCUGUGCAACUUGUUAAAGUGUACAACAACCAGCACCAAUAUUCGAAUCGAUUCACUAGACUGUUUACCUGGAUGUUUAAAGUUGUCCAAACUGUGUUUUGGUGCGAGUUGCGACAAGAUGACCAGGAUAUUUGAAAUGGUAUUCGAUGAGAUCAUCAUAUCAUGUGCUCUAGAGACCAACCCCAAGGUCUUGGGACAAAAAAUCUACCAAGGAAUUAGUAUCAUCAAAACAAUGGGAAAUGACGCAAUGACACUGGAUCAAGUACAAUCUACACUUGAAGUAUUGUCAAAGCUAGAAGAAAUAUUUCAAGAUAUGGAAAACCAGGCUCGACUUGGAAAUCAAGAUGUCAUUGGUAAUCAUUAUCCAAAUGAUCUAAACUCUAUCAUCGGUAGAGCAGUUCCCAACAUCUUCGUGAUGAUUGGUGACAUGAUCAUGUACAACAGUGCCAUCACAGUACCCCUUAUCCUUAUCUCUGAUGGUCAAUUCAUUCAAAAAUCCUGUCAGAAAUUACAAGAAGAUGUUUACGACGAACAAUUCUUGAAGCGUAGAAUCCUAUAUUUUAUCUCAAUGUUUUUUGAAUAUGGUGGAGAUAUCUCUAUUAGUACAUACCCAAAGAUCAUACCUAUUAUGAUCGAGUUUCUAAAACAAUCAGAAGAUGCAGGUUGUAGACAAAAUGGUUCAUUUGCACUUGGAAUGGCAGCAAAACUUGCCAAGGAUAGAUUCUCACCAUGGGCAAUCGAUGUUUUACAGUUAUUUGAUAUCUUGGUAUCUGACGACUAUGCAUACUCUCAAAUCAACACACGUGCCACUGAAAAUGUACAAAAGACUAAAAAGUUUUUAUUCAAAAAUGCAUACUAUAAUAUGCAGCAACCAGAUAAAGAAUUUAUAGAGAUUAUUGUUGUUUUAGCAAAAGAAGAAGAAGAUCAACAAAUAGAGAAGAAAGACAAUAACAACUAUAAAUCAACAUCAAAACAACUAUUCAAAGAGUAUACUGUAUCUAAACCAGAUAAAGUAGUAUCAUGGUUACUAUAUUUAAUCGUAAAGGGUACCUAUAAAACUAUUAAAGAGAAAGCAGUUCAGCUACUUGAUAGAUUAUUGUUCAAAAAAAGAGUUCAACAAAAAAGGAACCAUUAUAUCGAUCAACUGUCAGAUGAUACAAUAGAUGCAGUCAAGUUUCAAACGAUCGAGUUACUCAAUACAACUCUUACAGAUACCUUUAGAAAACAUUUAUUUGGUAUCAUUGAAUCAUUUGCAACUGUUUUAAUACCAAGAUGUGGUUGGAAUGAAUUGAAACCAACAUUGGAAAACAUUAUAAAUAGAAAAGAAGAAGAAGAAGGACCAUUUAAUUUAAAAGACAAUGCAAAAACAUUGAUGCAAGUAUUAUCAAAGUAUAACUUUGAAAAAGAUAAUCAAGAUAUGGUAGACAUACUUGGCUCUCUUGGUGAUAAAUUGACAGAGGUGCACUGUAGAUCACUAUUAUCAAUGCUCAUACAGAUGGAUGACAAUUUAGAAGGUAAAUCAAUCGAUAGAGUUCUUGAUGGACUUGUCGGUAUCUAUGACAAAGAUGAUCCAGAAUGGAUUCAACUCACUCCACGAAUCAUUGACACGAUGAUCAAGGUGUUGGAUAGAAACAGUGAAGAGGGUAUUUGUCUCAAAUCAGACAACAAAAGAAGAAUAUUUAACUUUUUGGUGAACAUGCUAGGGGAUUCGGCCGAGAUAUCAUUGGAACCAAAGAUAUAUACCGAUAGUAAGAUUGAAAGAAUCAUCUAUCAUUUGUUUUACUGGUUGUUAUCAGACAUUAAGGACAUAUCAUUGAAUGAAUGGACAACCAAGAUUGAAAGUGAAAAUCCACGAAGUUACUAUGUCGAACAAGAACAUAUGAUUUUUAAUCAAUUUGUUAGUGCAUUUGAUCAAAGUGCAACAAUACCAAUUUUCAAAUAUUUCUACCUUUUUUUACAAUCUCAACAAUCGUGGAAAGAAAGAUAUACAGCAUUGGAAUUUUUAUCAAAAUCUUGUAGAUACCUCAAAAUUAGUAUUGCACAACAAUUUUCAACCAUUUUAAAAUUUUUAUUAAAAUGUACAGUUGAUGAAAAUGUUCGAGUUAGAUGGGCAGCAUUUGAAUGCUUAAUUAAUUUAUCAAUGGAAUAUGGUGAUUUGAUGGUUUUAUCAAGGAAUGAAAUAUUUGAAGUCAUCGUCAGGUCCAUUCGUGAUCUAAAUGACAGUAUUCAAAAUAAUUGUUGUGAAUUGAUAGGAACCAUAAUGAAUUCAUUAAAAGAACACAUGAUUGGUGAAAUAGAUGACACAAUUGUUGGUGAUCGUGUUUUGGAUGCAAUAUUUAGUUUAUUAGAAAGAGUACUUCAAUCUAGAAAAAUACAUAUCAUUGAAAAUGCAUUGCAAUCUUUGAUAUCAGUUAUAAAUACUGUUAUGACCAAAAGAUUAGAACCUUAUUGUAAAAGAAUAAUACCAAUUAUACUUGCAGUAUUGAUAAAAUAUCAUGAAACAAAAGAAUCAAGAGUAUUUUAUAGUCGAGGAAAAAAAACAGGAUUAGUUGUUCUUGCAAUCAAGGCAUUUACAAUAUGUGGUGUGGUGAUAGAUAAGAAGACAUUUUCUAAAUUCUUAUACAUAUUGAUGGUGUUUGUUAAAAACAAUGAAAAGUGGUUUGAUAUGAUAGUCGAUCUUUUCAUUGCAUUUGACUUAUUUAUCGAAACUGUUGACAUUUCAUUUGCAGUGUAUUUACCAAUGAUCAUUAGAGUGGUUGUGAAUAUACUAGAGAUACAAUUACCAAAUCAAUUACAAGGUAUUUUUCAAUCACAACAACGUGAUAUUACAAAAGUAUCAUCAACACUCAAGUUUUUGGCUAGAAUCAUGGAAGCAUCAAACGAUGAUGAAUCCAUUUCCGAAAUGAUGGCACCAUUUGUACUUAGAUUGGUAGAUCCGUUGUGCAAUUUGGUUAACUGUCCAGUCAGUACAGAUAUUCAAUUCUACUCACUAGAAUGUCUGCCUUUUUGUAUCAAGUUGUCAAAGAUUCACCAAAAUGAGGACAAGCUGACCCAGAUGUUUAUCAAGAUAUUCGAUUCAGCCAUUAUGACAUGUCCAUCAGAGACGGAUACUGAAAUAUUGGUGCAUCGUAUCAACACGGGAGGUAAUAUCUUUGAAGAGAUUGGAAAAGAUGCAAUGACUACCGAUCAGAUCCAGUCAGUUCUAAAUAUACUGUGCAAAGUGGAUCAAAAACUUGGCGAUAUAGCACAACAGGUACACAAUGGCAAUCAAGCUGUAAUUGGAGAUGAUCAAGAUCCAGAAGAUAUACUAAAUUUAAUCGAUGAAGGUGUUUGCAGAGAGUAUGAGAUGUUGGGUGAGAUUGUAAAGCACAAUAGUGUUAUUGCAGUACCCCUAAUCACAUCUUACCCUCUAUUUAUCAAGUCUUGUAAGAGACUAGGUGACAACAUUGGCGUGGCCAAUAUCACAAAGGCUGGAAUUCUAUAUUUCAUGACUCAUUAUUGUGACUUUGGUGGUGAAGUUGCCAUCAACACAUUUCCACAUAUCAUACCAACUAUUAUCGAGUGUUUGAAAAUCACUUUUCCACUUGUUAAACAAAAUGCUUCCUACGCACUUGGUGCAGCUGCACAAGUUGCAAAGGAUAGAUUCUCACCUUGGGCAAUGGAGUCGUUACAUGCUAUAGAUAGAAUAGUCUCGGCACCAGAUGCAUACUCUUCAAAUGAAAAUAUAAUUGCAACUGGAAAUGCCAUAUCUAGUAUUGGUAAAAUCAUCAGAUAUGUUCCACAAAUCAACAAUAUCCAUGAAAUCAUUCCAAAAUGGUUAAAUUGUCUGCCAGUCUCUGAGAAAGCCGAAGAGACUAUAUCUAUAGUUGGUAACCUUUGUGCUAUUGUACAUCUAUACACAAAUGAAUGUCUAGGUCAAGAAUACCAACAUGUUGAAAAGAUACAUCAAAUAAUCAAUCAUUAUUUGGAAACUUGUAAACAAGAAAAAGAAUUAUUAACUAGGACAUGGUUAUUAAUACAAGAAAGAAAAUUAUAA